AUGUUGUUWUACCGAUCGUUGUGUCGCCGAUUAAGACAACAACAAAAUGUCUUAGUCGACRGGUAUCGACAAUGUGUGUCCCAUUYGUCSUCKUCAUCAACGWCAYCGUCGGCCACCGGUUUGAGUAUCUAUUCGGCUAUACAGCCAACCGGUUCACUACAUUUGGGCAACUAUUUCGGCGCWAUUCGCCAAUGGAUUGGCUUUCAAACUGACCAACAAGUUUCGMGAACCGUUUACUGUAUAGCCGAUUUGCAUGCCAUGACCACCAUUACCGACCAGCAGCUUAUGCGCGACAAUAUCAAGUCAAUGGUGGCCACACUUAUCGGUUGCGGUGUCGAUCCAAAACGAUCGCUUCUCUAUCGGCAAUCAGAUGUCCCAUAUCAUGGCCAGCUAUGUUGGAUUUUGUCCACUUUGGUAACAAUGCCGCAGUUGUUUCGAUUCCCRCAGUUUAAGGACAAAACYGAAGGCAUGAAAGAGAUACCAUUAGGUCUAUACUUAUAUCCUGUCCUUCAAGUGGCAGAUAUUCUACUAUUCAAGUCAAACGCAGUUCCCGUCGGCGAUGACCAAUUACCACAUUUGAAUUUUGCCCGACAUUURAUCCAAAAGUUUAACACAACGUUUGGCACUGGAUUUCCCGAUCCGAUAGCCAUAAGYCCGCAAAUGACGGGUCGUAUACGUAGUUUGAGAUCAAUCGACAAAAAGAUGUCCAAAUCGGAAGCAAACGAUAAGUCAAGAAUAGAGAUAACCGAUAGCGCGGAUGAAAUCCGAKUGAAAAUACGUAAAGCUAUUACCGAUAUGACAUCGGAAGUGACGUUUGAUCCGCAAAAUAGGCCCGGAGUUAGUAAUUUGGUAACCAUUUAUUCAUUAGUCACUGGCUUAACACCCGAACAAGUUUGCARCGAAAAUGUCGGCAAAAAUACCGCUGAAUUCAAACAAGUUUUAAGCGAUUUAAUUGUCGAACAUUUGCGACCAAUUCGUGACAAUAUCUUAAGACUAAUGGCCGACGAACUGUAUAUCGAACAAGUGCUCAUCGAUGGCCGCAUACAAGCCAUGCUUAUUGCCGAACAAACAAUGGCUGAGGUCAACGAUGCCAUCGGUUUCGGUGCUUUUAAUUCACAAUUUAAUUCACGUAUUAAUGUCGAUACUGUUUGAUAUAUAGAUUAUUUUAUAUAUAUAUAUAAUUAAUUA